AAAAAACUCUGUUUCUAUUAAUAUUUAUGAAUUUUACUCUUUAAAUAACCAGAAAAGCCAAAUAUUUUAUUUAAUUUAGUUAUAUACUGCUCUUGGAAGGUGUUUUUUUCUGAAAGUUGCGAUGGAUAAACCACGGUUGUCUUUGGAAGUCUCAAUUAUACCCGAUCAGGAAGAAAAAAUUAUCGCCGAAUCUAUCUUCGAGCAAAAGUACAAGAAUGGGCGACUGUCGAAAUCUGAAAAGGGGCAAGUCGCUCAAGAGAAAACCAGAAAGUUUGCUGUCAAAAAACGCAAGGAACUGGAUCCGAACGGACCGGAGGACAAACACAGGAUAGUGCAGUGUAUAAUGUUCGUCAUGGGAAUUAUUCACCUGCUGCCAUUUACCUUUUUCAUAACAGCAAAUGAGUACUGGAUGUACAAAUUUAGAAAUGUCACAUCAAACAGUACCGAUGCCAAUGACAGGACGUACCUUCAAGCCAACUUCGCAUCUCUAAACCAUUUAAUAUCUGUCGGGCCCAGUACAGUAUUUUCCUUUUUUGUCAUAUUUUUGGGACACAAAAUCGAAACCAGAACUAGAAUUAUAGUGGCAUUGGUCGUCAAUUCUUUGGUUUUUGUAGUGGAAACCACAUUUGUCAAAAUCAACACGGAUGACUGGCAAGUGGGAUUCUUCGCACUCACUGUCACACUGAUGCUAGUCCUGAGUUGCUCGAUGACAUUUUCCAGUUCCGCCAACAUGACCGUGGUGUCAAAAUUCCCUGACGAAUACAUGAAAAUGUACAUGAUUGGUGAGGGCAUAGCUGGAUUAUUUUCGGCAUUACUUAGGCUUCUAUCCAUAGCAGUAGCACCAUCCACUGAGGGUGCAGCCUUGAUAUACUUUGUAACCGGUACGACUAUCAUGACAGUGUCUUCCUUCCUGUUCUAUCUUAGUACUCACACGGAUUUUUUCAAGUACUACACGAAGGAUAUGAAGGAAGACACAAAAAGACGCAUACCUAGGCUAUCUGAAUUUGUUGAUGUACUGAGGUACACAUGGCCUUUACUUAUCCUCAGCGUAGUGGGGAUUCUGAUACCUCAAGGGUCUAUAACUAACCUGAUCGUUUCAGAGUACUAUGGAACUGACAAUGUUUGGGGCACUAAAUACUUUAUAACAGUGAUUACCUAUUUACUGAAUUCUGUAUGUGGAAUAGCUGGCAGACUGCUAUUUUAUGUCUGCGAAAUCGAUCUUUCAUUCCCUCUCUUAUACGUUGUCUCUCUAGGACGUGAAAUCAUAUUUACACCUCUGUUGGCACUGUGUAAUGCCAAACCAAGGCAUCACCUACCAGUGAUAUUUGGCCACGAUUGGCAGUAUGCCAUCAUUGCUGGCACUCAGUCAUUUACCGGAGGAUAUUUCAUGAACAUCUCAUAUUUAAAGAAUCUUAGAAUUGUGCCUCCAGAAAAACUUGAACUCUCCUGGAUGGUUAACAUGUUCGUGAUGAAGAUUGCUGGAAUUGCAACAUCACCACUGGGUGUCGUGGCUGUGAGUUUAUUGUGA